GCUACUGUUGAUGUCACUCAGAUGAUCCUCAGCGCGGUGACAGAUGUCUUUGGAAGAAGGAGGAAAAAAACAAAAAACAAACAUAAUCUGAGUGUGGCAGCCAUCUUGGUUCCGCUGGCUCCGGCAGGGAGAGAGAGGGAAAAGGGAAAGAGGACGGAGAGGAGGCCGGGCGGGGACCGACGCAGCUUGGAUGUUUGUUUGUGUUCAGUCAGGGUUAGAUUACUCGACGAAGCAGCCCCGCACUUGGGGAGUCUCUGCGGUGGGUAGUCGCGGUUUGUGGUUUUCCUACGCGGUUUCACUCAGGAAACCCGCAACAAUCAAACCAGGAGGACAGCUAGCCGUGGAGCUAAGCUAACGGCUAACCGGACCAGCUCGCUGUUCGGUGACCGAGCUGUGGUGACCGGCGGCGGAGUGAACCUUCAGCCUCGCUCGGGAACAUCCAGGCUGACUGUGGAGAGCUCUGACCCGGGUCACACAGCGGGCCAUGGUGUGAUAACCCUGGGUAAAGUCUCCCUAGGUGUUAGCCCGCUGGAGGAGCUGGAGGCUGUGUGAGAAUGUGGAGCCUCGGCUUAAUCCCUCUCGGAAGCAUAAUCCGUGUUCAUGGAUGAAAUGUCCCGUUUAAUGCCUGACAAGGUGGCUAUUCUCCCGCAUUAGAUACAUCGACAGUCCCGGUAAAAUCCCAUUGUUCAGUUGUUGGUGACAGUCCGGGAUUUGAAGCCGGUUCCUCCCGCUGACAGCUGCAUCUCUGUGCCCGGGCCGGAGCUCACACACCCGGGCAGGACUCCGCUCAUCACCCGGCUCUUCUUCAGGUUAAACCGUGCACACCGGGCCUGCUCAGGUGUUUGGACCGGUACAUGUUGCAGAGACUCGGUGUCAUCUGCAUGAAGCUGUUCGUUUAAAGGGACGAUUAUACUGACCGAGUGUGUGCGCGAAAUAAAGAGUUCAGUCUGUGAGCAGCCAUGGGCUCAGCCGUCAGAGCGGCCUUCAGCCUACUCCUCCUGUCCUUCUGCUCAGGUGCGAUCCUGGGCCGCUCAGACACUCAGGAGUGUGUCCAUUAUAACUACAGCCCUUCGUCCUCCUCGUCAUUGUCAUCCUCGUCAGGUUUGGAGAGUCGGGGAAACCUUAGCAAGGUGGUCACCUGCUCAGGAGAGAAAGACAAGAGACUGCACUGCUUUGCCACCUGGAAGAAUGUGUCAGGCGUGAUCCAGGUAGUCAAACAAGGCUGCUGGCUGGAUGACGUCAACUGUUACGACAGGGAUGAGUGUGUGGAGAGGAAGGACUCUCCUGAUGUCUUCUUCUGCUGCUGUGAAGGAAGUUUGUGUAACAACAAGUUUUUCUACGGUCCUGACAGCAACCUGCCGCAGAUACAAACAACAAACAAACCAGUGCAACCGAAGACUCCGGUGCUGACCGCUCUGAUGUACUCACUGCUUCCCAUCAUGGCCCUCAUCGCCAUCAUCCUCUUCUCCUUCUGGAUGUACCGACAUCACAAACUGGCCUACCCACCUGUCCUGGUGCCGACACAGCACGCCUUUCAUAUCAUGGUUGAGGACCCUGGCCCCCUCCCCCCCUCCCCCAUACUGGGACAGAAGCCGCUGCAGUUACUGGAGAUCAAAGCCAGGGGGCGCUUCGGCUGCGUCUGGAAGGCUCAGCUGCUCACUGAAUAUGUUGCUGUAAAAAUCUUUUCCAUCCAGGAUAAGCAGUCGUGGCAGAAUGAGUACGACAUGCUGAAUGUGAAUGGGAUGCGACACGAGAACCUGCUGCAGUUUAUCGGAGCCGAGAAGCGAGGAAGUCACCUGGACAUGGAGCUGUGGCUCGUCACCGCCUACCAUGAGAAGGGCUCUCUCACAGACUACCUGAAGGCCAACGUGCUCUCCUGGUCUGAGCUUUGUCUCAUUGCUCAGUCGAUGUCUCGAGGUCUCGCAUACCUGCACGAAGACAUACCUGGACACAAAGACGGACACAAACCUGCCAUUGCACACAGGGACUUUAAGAGUAAGAACGUUCUACUGAAGUCUGAUCUGACUGCCUGCAUCGCAGACUUCGGCCUCGCUCUCUGCUUUGAGGCGGGGAAAUCUGCAGGAGACACACACGGACAGGUGGGGACCAGGAGGUACAUGGCCCCUGAGGUUCUGGAGGGGGCCAUCAACUUCCAGAGGGACUCCUUCCUAAGGAUCGACAUGUACGCUCUGGGCCUCGUGCUGUGGGAGCUCGCCUCCCGCUGCAAGGCUGCUGACGGUCCUGUGGACGAGUACAUGCUGCCGUUUGAGGAAGAGGUGGGUCAGCAUCCGUCUCUGGAGGACAUGCAGGAAGUGGUCGUCCAUAAGAAGCUGAGGCCGACACUGAGAGAGUGCUGGCAGAAACACUCUGGUCUGGUGGUCCUUUGUGAGACUAUCGAGGAGUGCUGGGAUCACGAGGCCGAGGCUCGGCUGUCUGCCGGCUGUGUGGAGGAGCGCGUCGUUCAGAUGCAGCGGCAAAGUAGCAUCACGGCGCCUGAGGAGAUCGUCACAGUUGUUACCAUGGUAACCAAUGUGGACUACCCACCUAAAGAGUCGAGUUUAUGACAAAGCAGAGGACCAAUCAGGACGGAGUAUGGACUCCCACAGUGAGCUUUCCGUCUUUGAACACAAACAGAGGGUGGGGGCAGGUCAGGUGACCCACCAGGUGAUCUGUUGACCCACCAGGUGAGCGGUUGACCAACCAGGUGAGCUGGAGGACAGCAUGUUGCCUUUAUCUCUCUCUGCUACACUGGCGUCCAUCCUCUGACAUCAGUUCCUGUUUUGUAUAACAAAAUAAAAUACUUCCUUUUAGAGUUUUUCUACACAAUUUGACAGGAAACAGUUUAAUGUUUUCAGAAUAAAAGGGUGACUGUGUUUAGUUUGAUGAUGAUAAGAAACAGCUUGAAUGUCUGAAUCACUGCUGUUUAUUGAAACAGAUUAUUUUACUUUGAUGAUGAUCUUCAUCAACAUCACAAACACUAAAUAUUUUUAAAUCAUUGAAACAUUUCCACUUUCAUCUUUUUAUCGUAAACACCAGAAAACACACAAAGUGACACAUUUGAUUAACUUUAAAUAAAAUCUGAAGCUCGCUUAGUUUCAAAGACUGUUUAAAAGAUUCAAGGUUACCGUAAAGUCUGGUAUUUAAGACUCAGUCUGUGUUUGGGGUCUCUCAGAGGUCAAAAGGUUUAAAGUCUCUUCUUGUGUGAUGAUCUCCUGUUCAUCAGCGGUCAGUUAGUGUGCAGCUGUGUAGCUCUUGUAGUACCAUCAGUGUCCACCAGGUGGAGUUUGUAAUCCUGCAGGCUACCUGUACAGUAGUCGAGCUACCAGCUUAAGCUAACGUUGACAGUUGUGAAGUACAGCCCGACAGCCUGAGGGUCGCCCCGCCCACCUCCUCUGCUCACUCAUUUUUAACUGAGGAGCGACUCCACAAGCUUUAUGUACUGACCAGUAUACCACUGUCUGAUAUAAACGCACCAUGAUGACCUCAUGACGGAGGAAAGAUGGAAAACUCUGUCAGCAUGGUCUGUGUCGUUAUGUUUCCCAGCAUGCUUUGAGCAGCGAAGCAGCCACAUAUAAUACCCACUGAAUGGGGCGUACAUUCAAUCCCGUCAGGUGGCGUUCAGAUGGUGAUGGACGUGGCAUGGUAACAUGCUAUAGCUGGUCCCACUGGUUUAUAGGAUGCCCAAUUCACACAUACUCCGUGUGCGCCGCUGUCUGUCAGCGCCUCGGUUUUGCUCCGUCGGACGGCUCGCGCUCUUUCACACUGGAUCCGUUUCUGGGACCUCAGCGCAGCGGAGCGCACCCAUGACACAUCACAGGAGAACUACAAGAUCCCGCGGGAAAAAAGAGAAAAACAUGCAAACAACAUUGCUUUGUCUUUCUGAUGAUGCAUUGUUGUUCAUUCGGUUCCUGUUUUGACGUAAUGUUGAUAAAGUGAUGAAAAAUACGAUCGCGAGUCCGUAUAUUGUGUUUUAUUUUGAAAUUGACCAGAUGCUCUGUGUGUUUCCUUGUCUGACUUCCUGUCCAGGCCUGCAGCGUACUCCGGCGAAAAUAGACUCGCUGCGUAUAUGAAACGGAGCAGAGACGUAGUGCCGUUGGUGGCACUCCUUGACGGACCGCAGCGCGCUGUGUGAACAUAAUGAUUGACAAGAGUGGCAGCUAAGUACGGCGUAGUGCGCAGCGCUGACGGACCGCGGCGCUCUCGGAGUAUGUGUGAAUUGGGGGUUAUACACCAGAUUUUAAGGAAACUUCUCAAAAUCUGCUUUACCUUGAACACACCAAAACGCUCUAAGAAUGAUCUAAAAAUCAGGUGUUUUAAUUUAUUUAAAUUAAAGACGAUCAGUCGUGUUUUUAAUCAUGACACAAUCAUUAAAGCCAAUCAGCUGCUGCGUGGACUGAUCAGGGAUAAACAUUGUGUUUUUAUAGAGAAAUGCGUCUUAGAGUUUAUCGAACAGGUGAGAAUGGCAGGUGUGUUGGACAGGUGUGAGUGACAGGUUUGAGUGACAGGUGUGUUGGACAGGUGUGAGUGACAGGUGUGAGUGACAGGUUUGAGUGACAGGUUUGAGUGACAGGUUUGAGUGACAGGUGUGUUGGACAGGUGUGAGUGACGGGUGUGUUAGACAGGUGUGUUAGACAGGUAUGAGUGACAGGUGUGUUGAAGAGUUUUUCUGUUUCCUAACGUGUUGUGAGACGGCGAGCUGAUCACUGAAUAUUUAAAGUUAAAUUUAAAAUAAAAAAUAUAUUUAAAUAAAAUAAUAAUGAUAAAAUAUUGCUCAGAUUUUAUAUAAAAGACACUUAAUUAUUAAAAAAGUUUAUCAACAAACUUUAGAGUUUAAUAAAACUAUUAAUGAAACUUCUCUGAUGGAUUAAUGUAGGAGACGACUCAAACUGAAAUGUAUUAAUUUAAACUUCCUAUCGAGAGGUGUUCAGGGACUUGCAGGAAAUCACAGCGCCGUCAGUGUGUGUGUUUUUCUCACAGAAGAAGCUGUUUAUUUCAUGUUUGUGUGUGUGCUGUGUUCAGGGGCAGCUUGUAAAUAUGAUCGUUCAGAUUUCAGCACAACUUUGUUUUUCUGAAAAAUAAGAAAAUAAUUUAUAUGUUUAAAAAACUUUCUGAGUUCAGUCUUUUGUUGAAAAACAAACAACACUGACUUCCUGUGGAUUGUGUGUGUGUUUGAGAUAUGUGGCACGUCCCUGCUGGUGCUGUUUUUUUUUCAUUAUGACAUCAUUAUGACAUCAUCAUUCCCGAUCAGGGACACAAGAGGAAGUGUGUCAGCUUCCAAUGUGUGUUUUUUUAAAUUAAGCGGAUUCAAAUAUAAUAAAUGAGUUUUAUUAUUGUUAUGACAGAAUGAAUCACUGCAGCAGAGGUUUUGGUGUUCACAGAUGUUUAAAGGACUCGGCUCACUCUUCUUAUGUUCUAGAUUUCUUAUGAAAUUGUUUUGAAAUGUUUUAAUUUAUUGAAAGUAAAUAUUUUUUGAGCAUUGCCGCAGUGCGUUCACUGUCUGUGGUUUUAUUCACAGUUUGAGGGCUUCUGUUGGAGGUGAUGUUGAAUAUUGUACAGAAUAAAUAAAGUGACUCAGUGACUGCU